AUGGGUACAUUUAUCAUGGGGAUGAAUGCUGCAGAAGCGGAAGAGAUUGUGAGUUGUAUGAGCGACAGAGAGGAAUAUCAACAGCACAAUGAUAUAAUUCAAUCAGUUGAAAGCGAUGAAGCUGAGAAUUGGACCUUGCAAUCUGUAGCAAAAGUCUUACAGCAACUUCAACAAGCACAUGGUGAUGAAGUGAAUGUCGCAGUGCUUGUACGUCGAUUAGAGCAAUUGCCAAGAGAAGCACAUGCACAUGAUCUUGUACAUCUUUUGCUUGAAACACGGGAGGAAACGAUCCCAAAACAUGCUGUGCUAGGUCUUUGGGGAAUGCUUAUGAUGGGAAAUCAUCGAGAGAGAGUAAGUGUAAAGAGUUCGACAUGCAUUCCGAUUUUGCGAAGUCGAUUACUUGAGUCCAAACGAAAGCAAGCAGAAUGUGAUUUGAAAAUGCUUCAAAAUCGAAUUGCGUUACUUCAGCACGAAGAGUCCAAAGCUUUGAAAAAAAUUGCACAGACGAAAACUCGAGCACAAGAAAUUCUUGAUUUACGUGUCGCCACCUUGCAACGACAAGAGAUAAAAUCCAUGCAUCAAAUUGAACAAGAACGACAGUCUCGAUUUGCACAAAAAAAACAUUAUGGUCUGAAAAAAGAGUCGGUAGUGAAGAAAAAACAUGCUGCAAUUCGAAUUAUAUCGCAAAAGAAUCAAGAUGUGGAACAGAUUAAAGCCGAAAGUAAACGUUUAAAAGCCGAGCGAGAACGUUUACAGCUCUUGCAAGUCGAACGUGCUCGAGCAAAACGACUUGAGAUUCGACGACAAGAAGAUGCGUUAAAAAAGAAAAAAGCAUUUGAUCGUCAUCAAGUUGAUCAAGAAGCAGCUCUUCGACUGGUCAAAAAAGCAAUUGCAGAAGAACGUCAAAUUCGAGAACAUCAAAUGAAAGUGCACGAAAUGGAAGAAGCAGAGCAAAAGUUGAUUCAAAAAUUACAAGAUACUCAAUUGAUUCAACGAGAAGCAUAUUCAGUAUUAGAACAAGCUUUACUGCGUACAGACUUGAAACGAGCUCAAUCUGUAGCACCAUUGAGUACGAAUAAGGACUCAUUGAAAAAAUCCUAA